CACUAGCAAUCCCUGAUACUGAAAUUGAGAGCUAAGACUUUCUUCAAUCAGACAGCAAAUUCAAUUGAUUGAAAUCUGGAGGUUUGAACUCAUAAACAACCCAACUGAGAGUCUGGGGUUGUUGCCGAGCAUACGUGAGACUCCAGCAUCGGAAGAGGCAAACAAGGGGAGCACAAAGCACACAGGCUUGGAAGAGGAACAUGGAAAGUGGUGCCUACUCAGAUGUUGCCAGCAUCCCUGCCUCCUGGAUCCAAAUGGAGACCUCUACAGUCUCUGAGUAUGAGUAUGAUCCUCAGAGUGAGCUAUGUGAGAGGAAGAUCCACUUUGCAAGAUUAUUCACUGCUCUCUUGUACUCUCUGGUGUUAUUCCUCAGCCUGAUGGGUAACAGCCUGGUUUUCUGGGUCUUGGUGAAGUAUGAGAAUCUAGAGUCACUCACCAAUAUCUUCAUCCUCAACCUGUGUCUCUCGGAUCUUAUUUUCUCCUGCCUGCUGCCUGUGUGGAUCUUAGCACAACUUCAGAAAUGGUUGCUAGGUGACUUUUUCUGCAAGCUCCUCAACCUAAUCUUCUCCAUCAGCCUCUACAGCAGCAUCUUCUUUCUCACCAUUAUGACCAUCCACCGCUACCUGUCUGUAGUGAGCCCCAUAUCAACUCUGGGCAUCCAUUCCCUCCGCUGCCGUGUGCUGGUGAUCACAUCUGUGUGGGUCGUCAGCGUCCUGUCCUCCAUCCCCGAGGCUAUCUUCCACAAGGUGAUUGACUCACAAUGUUCUUAUUCUGAACUUCGUGGGCUCUUGGCCUCAGUCUACCAGCACAACAUCUUCUUCCUCCUGUCCAUGGGGAUCAUCCUGUUCUGUUACAUACAGAUCCUCAGAACCUUGUUUCGUUCAAAGUCCAGACAGAGGCACCGGACAGUCAGGCUCAUCUUCACCGUCGUGGUGGCAUACUUCCUCAGCUGGGCUCCUUACAACCUCAUCCUCUUCCUAGAGACACUGGAGAAAACUCAAAUCAUGCUGCAGACCUGUAAGAGCAAGCAGCAGCUAGACAUGGCUAAGCUCAUCAGCCGCAAUUUGGCCUUCUCCCACUGCUGCUUCAACCCAGUGCUUUAUGUCUUUGUUGGGGUCAAGUUUCGCAGACACCUAAAAAGUCUUCUCCAGCAGGUCCGGCUGUGCUGGCAGAAGACAUCCAGCCCUGUCCUACCCUCCUAUUCCCCUGGUGCAUUUACGUAUGAGGGCCCCUCCUUCUACUGAGAGGAGAAGAUGGGCACACAGCACAGAGGUGACUAGGGAAGUUGGAGGAAGGCAAGGAGAAAUGGAUCAGAAAGGAACCCUGCAGAAGACACAACAGUGGAGAUGCCAGGGUGUGGAGGAAAGACAUGA